CCGCAGGAGGUUCUACAAGGACAUGCCCCAGAACGCGCUGGACAAGAAAUCCAACUUCGAGUUCCUGGAGAAGGAGGUGGGGCUGGACCUCUUCUUCCCCAGCCAGAUGCAGGAGAACCUGAAGCCGCGGCAGCUGCGGAAGAUGAUCCAGCAGACGUUCCAGCAGUACGCGCUGCUGCGGGAGGAGGAGUGCAUCCUGAAAUUCCUGCACACGCUGGCCUCCUUCGCCCCCAUCGACCAGGAGAGCUUCCGCUGCCAGCUCGCUUCGCUGGCCAUCAAGACGCCGUCGCUGGCCGAGGCGGAGAACAUGGCCGACCUCAUCGACGGAUACUGCCGGCUGCAGGGCGGCUCCGAGGCCUCGCUGAUCGCCUUCCCCGGGAAAG